AGUGAGAAAUUAAUUUUGCACAAUACACAUGACAAGCUUCAAACUGAGAUUAUGGAUGGGGCAGAUCUAUUUGUGUCACAAACCCCUAAAACUAUAGUAGAGAACGAUGAGCCUGAUAUAUAUGCUGAUUUUCCAAUUCAAGACAAUGCAGUGAAGGGGGAUAUAGAUCCUGAAAGUAAAGAAAUUAAAACUUGCUUUGUAGACGAAAAUGUGGAAUGUACAGAAAAUAUAACAAAGUCCCCUAAAAAGUCUGCAGGUAAGAUAUUGAACACUGUUGUUGAAUCGCCUUUGCCCAGACGAAAGAAAAAACGACGCAAAGAGAAAAAUAUAGACACUCAAAGUAUUACAUCAGUGACCUCAAUAGUGGGUGUUCCUCCUCGGCCACCACCUAGGCUGGCACCUAUUGCGGCCAUUAAAUCUUUAGUUUCUGGACCCGUUCGGCCGGGUUCAAGUUGUUCAAGCCAGGUAUCUUUCACGGACAGCAAUAUUGAUGGAAGACAAAGUGUGCUAAGCUGCGACAGCUGUGGUGACAUUACAAAAUCAGAUGCAAUGUCGUUUGACAAUCUUUCAGUUUCUUCAUUAUCCACUCGGAAAAACAAAAAGAGCGGGAAAUUUAAACAAAACCUGCUCCACGAAAAUUUCAGCAAUAAUUUAUUGACUGACAAAGAUUUGCUAAGUUUGGAUUGUAAACGAGAAAUCAAAAGUGUUCCUGAAGAAGUGCUCACACCUUCAGACUGCAAGUUUGAAGACAGGGUAUCAGAUAUUCACAAACUUUAUCCGGUGGAAAGUGGAAUUCAAACGACUCAGACGGGAAUAGUUAAUACCGGAUAUGAACAGUGCUCGGAUGAUGACGUCACAAAAGUGAUGCAAGACGAGGUUCGGGUAAGAAACAACGAAGCACGGAGGAAGAGACGAGAGAAACAACAGUUUACGGAGAAAUUAUCCCCCACGGCAUUGCUCAAUGAAGGGAAUGGAUAUCAACGACUUGUUCCAGAUACCCCAUAGAUAGAUGAAAGACGAAAGAAUCAAAAACUGUUAAAUCAGGGAAACUUUAAACCUCACAGAAUAAUUCCAGAGAUUAUGCUAUUUAUAGAACAGUCCACGGUGAUAACUUCAAAGUGAUUACAGUCUAUUUAUAUAUUAUCAUUUAUUGUGUAAACUAAAAAGUUUGUAAAUUAUUUCAUCAAUUCAAAUUGGUCGACACUUGAAUAUGACAAGUGCAUACUUCACAGUGACUACUUGGAUGUAAUUUCCUGCACGGUUUUCACGUUUCACGGAUAAUGUCACGUCACGGUUGUGUAUAAGUGUUAAAUGGACAUUUAUGGCGAUGUCAGCUUCUCUACUAUUGCAUACAUUUGUCUUUCAAAACAACAGUAACAUGUUAUUAUUUUUUAUGAUUUAUUUGAUAUAUUUAUACAUAUUAUAGUAUAUAGAAUGAGAUGAAGCAUAUUUCCACAUCACAUCUUAUUGUCGUCUGGUAUUUAAGUUACAUGGCGUUGCUCGAAGCAAAUAUGAAAACCGAGACAGACAAUAUGUAUUAUUUACACCGAAAUAGUACGGAUUAUUUUUUCUCUUUUUGAAAACAACAGGCAGUAUAAAAUACAGUGCAGCCCGGUUAUUAUACUCCCCAAUAUACAUAUUCUAUUGUCCUCGUUUAAAAUCUUUUUAAAAAAUGUUAAUUUAGUUAAUUUAGAAUGUUUGUUAGAUCUUAAGAAUAUUAUAUGCAGUAUAUAUCUUUUAGUGCAAUUGAUAAUAUCUAUACUCGUAAAAGCAUCAACAGUGCCGUACAAAAGUUUGCAAACAUUUUAAGUUUAAUUUCAGUGCGUUAUGUUUUUUUCCCCGUGCGUUAACUAGUUUUUUCGAGCAAUGUAAAUGUUAUGUAAAUAUUCUGUUUCUUGUUCUACAUAGCUAAUUUAUUUAUAAAAUGAAGAAAAAAUAUCGAAGCAAUACCAAGAAACACUGUUUACUUUAUUCUAAAAAAAUAUGUUUAUAAUUUGUUUUGAGUAAAACUCUUGUAAUGUUAAUCCAUUUACCUAAGGUAUUUGGUUAAAUACUCUUUCUUUAUACAUGUAUAUUUUUACACCUGAACAUUAUGUGUCUCCACUUUUGUAAAAAGUACAGAAUCUAAAGUCAUUUGUGUUUCACAUUUGUUUUUGUUUUGUUUUGUUUUUUGAUAUUUUGUUACAAGAUGAAAUAAAAAACAUAGAAAAAAAUGAUAGCUUGUUUGAUACUAAUGCGUAUUCACACCUAUACGUUCCAAAAUGGAAUCAUACGACAGCUAUUGUAUAUGCCAUUCUUUUAUUAUUUUUUUAAACAAAGUAUAAUUUCUUCCUUCUAAAAAUGGAGAGAUUAUAUAUGAAUCAAUUUCCAAUUUGUUUG